AUUGUCUCUUGACAUGGCAGCUGCCCUCGUCUCCAAGUCGGAACGCGAUUAUAUCAAAACAUCUCUUCAGACAGCUUCGCCAUUACGCGCCGAUGGUCGUUCCUUGCUCGACUUUCGUACAGUCCUUCUCGAGACGGGCGUCGCUCCCCUUGCAAACGGGAGCGCGAGGCUGAACAUUGGGAAGGUUGCACGUGAAGGAGGUGGGGGAACGGACGUUCUAGCUGCCGUGAAGCUCGAAGUCGAGGACGUUGAGUCUGGGGAUGGAGUGGACGGAGGCCGGGUCGCUUGUUCUGUGACAUGCUCUCCCUCCGCGUAUUCUCAUCUUUCAUCCAACGCGCUGGAUGAAUUGCAACAUGAUCUUACGGUCAUCCUUCAACAAACGAUCGCACAUCGUUCGUUGCACCCGUCAAAUCUCACGAUAAUACCUGGACGGAAAGCGUGGCUGCUCAACAUUGACGCGGUCGUUCUUGCUGACUCCGGGAACGUUGUGGACGCGCUGUUUAUGGCUGCACGCGCGGCGCUAUGGGAUACGAAGGUUCCAAGGACGCGUCCUGUGGAAUACCGAGCUCCAGAAAGCUCAAGAGCGACUGAAAAAGAGACACAAGACUCAAUGGACGUCGACCAGGGCACGAGUGGGUUCGAUACACGAGACAUGGCGAGGGAUGCCGCCGAUUUUGAGCUCCCUGAUUACUGGGACGAAGGAGAGGUCUUACAUGGCCGGGAGAGAUGGCCUAUAUGCGUCACCCUGAAUCUGCUGCCUCCCAUUCACCUGCUCGAUGCCACACUGACGGAGGAAGCAUCGCUACCUCUUCGUUUGCAUCUGAUGUUCUCUUUUCCUCCUUCCGCUCCGCCGAUAUUGCAAGCUAUACGUCUGUUAGGCCCCGGGGAGUUGGACCUCGCAUAUUUGAAGUCUUGCAUCACAGAUGGUGAGAAGUAUGCGCGAGAGUUGUUCUCAGCACUCGAGUCAAAACUUCGCGAAGAAGACCUCAGGAGAAAUGUGAAGGCUAGAGACCGUUUCUCUGCGCUCCGAUAGACUCCGCGAACCGGUCACUCUCCUUUCCCUACCGAGCAGGAGCGAAGGAAGGUCGCGUCGCCGUUCGGGAGCCAACAACGAGUCGUAUCAGCAAGUAUCACAGCGAAAGAUGGCGCACUAUGAACUCCUCUCGGCGUGGACGACAUCAAAAGUAUAGCAUACAUGUAUAAUGUACAAAGUUCCGCGCUUCUCUCAGGUCGACUGUGCCUGCUUGGCAUGCUCCCGCAACACCUCGUUGAGCC